AUGUCUGAAGUCAGUGAGGAUGCCUUCGUGAAUCGCGACGACCCAAUACCCAUCAUACGCUUUGAUGGCGCAGGCUCAAGUUCAGCAUCGGGGGCCCCCUCUCAGGCUGGCACAGGUCAUGAAUCCGACCACUCAGAUGGCGAAGCACCUACCCCCAGGAGGCGAGGCAUUCGCGAUCGCUUGUCGGCGUUUCGUGACAAGGCCUCUAUCCAGGACAAGUUGGUAGAGAAGCUCCUCACACAGGUCCUCCACGAUGGUGGUGAACUUCCUCCAGAGGAGCCUACAAAGGGCAAGACUGGCUCACUCAGAACAGAGAAACCCAACUUCAGUCUCCCACAGAUGUCCUACAACUUUAGGCGCUUUAACAGCCGCAUAGGCGUCGUGUUUGUUUUUCAGGCAAAGGCCGGCCGACUUCUCUCCUGGAAGUAUCCGACGCAUACGCUAUCCUUCUUGGCCAUAUACACAUUUGUCUGCUUAGAUCCCUACUUGUUGCCACUACUACCUUUGGCCAUUAUGCUCUUUGGGGUUAUGAUACCCAAUUUCAUCGCCCGCCACCCAGCAGCGCCCUUCAGCCUGUCCAGCGAGCAGGCCAUCGGCUACUCUCCCCAGGGUCCCCCUCUGGCGCCAGCAAAGACCGUCAAGCCUGUCAAAGAGUUGAGUGGGGCCUUCUUCAAGAACAUGCGCGAUCUCCAGAACUGCAUGGAAGACUUUAGCCAAGUCCAUGAUGGUGUCGUCGCACUGUUGGUGCCGCGCAUCAACUUCAGCGAUGAGGCUUUGAGCAGUGCAAUCUCUGUAUUCCUGUUCGCAGGCUGCUUGUUCAUGAGCAUAGCUGCGAACAUACUCCCAUGGAGGUUCAUCUUCCUCGUGAUCGGAUGGGCCGUUACCGUAAUGGGCCACCCUGCCGUACAGAAGCAGAUCGAAGGCGCGCAGAAGAAGCAUCUGGAGCCGAACCAGCAAACAGCAAACAGCAAAUUGCAAAACUGGAUUGAGAGCGACAUCAUUCUAGACAGCGCACCCGAAACCAGAGAAGUAGAGAUUUUUGAGUUGCAGAGACUUUCUGAUCCAGACGGCGAAUGGGAGCCAUGGGUAUUCAGCUCUUCGCCUUACGAUCCUUUGUCGGCGCUAAGGAUAACCGGGGACAGGCCGACGGGGACGCGGUUCUUUGAGGAUGUGCGGCCUCCGCAGGGGUGGGAAUGGAGCGAGAAGAAAUGGGCCCUCGACCUCUGGAGCAGAGAAUGGGUGGAAGAGCGUAUCAUCACCGGUGUCGAGGUUGAGACGGAGGGUGAGAGAUGGGUAUACGAUAUUUACUACGAACCAGAAGACAGAAUAGGUGUCGUGGAAGGCAACAAACAGGCCACUCCCCCGAAUGGCAAGGCAAAAGCAGCACCUCCAAGGUCAGGAUGGGAGGAAGGUGAUGACUUCGAGGGCAGGAGAGGAGAGUGGAGACGAAGGAGAUGGAUAAGACUAGUCAAGCGAAAGAGCCUAGGUGCUGGACAGGAAUGA